AUGGAGAUUCCGGUGAUUAACAGGUUUAGUGGUCUGGAAUCGGGGAUUAGUUCCUUGCCGAAUCCCACUCUCUUGCCCCAGAUUUUGGCUUCCCCAUCUGGACUUCAAACCCUUUCUCAAUCCCUAAAUCUCUGGAAAUGGAGCGCUGUGAUUAUCGCUGUUGUUGCUACGUUUAGCGGCGUAAUUAAUCGGAUUAAGCUUUUGUUUGUGAUUUUCCGACGGAAACAACGUGUUUUGCAGGAGACUUUUGCUGAUUCUGACUCCGAUGGUGAGUUCUCUAUCGACGACUCUGCGAGCUCUGUUUCGUCGUCUUGGUCGGAGUUUGAAGAAGACGACGCCGAUGAGCCCGCCUCCUCGUCUUCCCGAUGUUUGGACUUCACUGACUGGGAUUUUGGCGUUAGAGGCUCCGAUUAUUACUUGAACGAUCUUAAAAUGAAACCGACUCAGAAACUUCGGCAUCGGCGGAGCUUCCACAACCAAGGCGGAGACGGCAACCAUUUCUCGUGGGCCGAUGUCAGCGGAGGUGGAAGCGUUGUGAAAUUAUGGGACAAUCUCAGAUUUGAAUUCGACCGCCAUCACUCCGACACGAAUGAAAUCCGCGUCUACGAUGUAAUCAAAGAGCAGCAAAUCGGGUCCAUUCUAGCCGGCGAAUCGCAGAUAGCCUCCUCGUUAACGUCGACGUUACUGUUAUCGGCGGCGGCGAAUGUUUCCAGUACAACAUCGGUGAAUCUGUGGGACACGCGCGUGGGUUCUAAAAUCCCGGCGCUCAUCGCCGAGUGGAAGCCGGUGGCCGGUAAGAUCUUGGGGGUCAAAUUCGCCGGCGUCGAAAAGGUGUAUAUUAGAGAGGAAGACGCAGGGAAAAUAAGGGUCGGUGACGUGAGAAACAUGAAAUCCCCAAUAGAGAAUUUAACGGCGGCGGAUGUGAAGACUUGGUUCGACACCGACGCGGUGAUGGUUUCAGCGGAAUAG